CUUCCAUACACUUCUAUCUCUGCAAACAGCUCAAAAUGGUUUCCAAGACGUUUCUUCUUCUUGCCCUAGCUUUUGCUCUUGUUCUUCUCGUUACCUCAGAAGUGGCUGCUAAAGACUUGGCCUCCAACCCUGACAGUGAGAUUGAUGGACGUGGUGGAUACAACAGAGGUGGUGGUGGUGGAGGAUACAACAGAGGUGGUGGUGGUGGAGGAUACAACAGAGGUGGUGGUGGUGGAGGAUACAACGGUGGUGGUGGACGGGGAGGACACAACGGUGGUGGUGGUGGUGGACGUGGAGGAUACAACGGUGGUGGUGGUGGACGUGGAGGAGGUGGAGGAGGAUACAGUGGUUGCAGGCAUGGUUGUUGUGGUGGACGUUACCAUGGAGGGUGCAAGUGUUGCAGCUCGUUCGCAGAGGCAACUGCAUACAAGCAAACUCAGAAUUGAUGCAGCCAUCGGGGAUGAACCAUCUUUUCCGUCACGUGUGAAAAAGAUGAUUCACCAUGCAAUCUUGCAGUACGUGUUGCUUAUACAUGUAAUAAUUGACAUGGCUUCUAUAGAAAGAAGUGUGUACUUAAUAUGUGUAAAAUAAUGGAGGUUUUUCGUCUCGCAUGAAUCCAAAUCUAUAUCGUUUUCCA